GCCGAGACCGAGAUAUUCGCCGUUAAACAAAAAACAUUGGUCUAAUUUCCGUCCAACCCCUCAAAACUUCAAACUAUAUAAACAAACAAAUUUCCAUCUUCCCCCAAUUUAACAAAAUUAUCAUUUCAACACUCACACACAGACACACUCUUCAUCAUCUUCACUUUCUCUCUCCUCUAAAACCCUAAUUCUUCGUCGAUCGAUCAAUAAAUCAAUCAAACAAUCAAACUCAAACUUCAAAUUCAUCGAAAAAAUGGGAGAUCAACUGGAAAGAUUAGGAUCAGAAGGAAUUUCAGCAGGAUUAGAAUCAUCAAUGAAAGAAGAACUUUGCAUGGAAAUUGAUCCUCCAUUUAGCGAAAAUAGCGCAACUGCUGAAGACUGGAGGAAAGCAUUGAAUAAAGUUGUACCUGCUGUUGUUGUUCUUCGAACUACUGCUUGUCGUGCUUUUGACACUGAAUCUGCUGGUGCUAGUUACGCUACUGGUUUCGUCGUUGAUAAGCGUCGCGGAAUUAUUCUUACUAAUCGUCAUGUUGUUAAGCCUGGGCCAGUGGUUGCGGAAGCUAUGUUCUUGAAUCGAGAAGAGAUUCCUGUUUAUCCAAUAUAUAGAGAUCCAGUGCAUGAUUUUGGAUUUUUUCGGUAUGACCCUCAACAGAUCCGAUUUUUGAGCUAUGAAGAGAUACCUCUUGCACCUGAGGCUGCUUGUGUGGGGCUUGAAAUCAGGGUUGUUGGUAAUGAUAGUGGAGAAAAGGUAUCUAUUUUGGCUGGCACUCUUGCACGUCUUGAUAGAGAUGCUCCCCACUACAAAAAGGAUGGGUACAAUGAUUUUAACACAUUUUACAUGCAAGCUGCUUCAGGGACUAAGGGUGGUUCUAGUGGUUCCCCUGUUAUAGAUUGGCAAGGAAGGGCAGUUGCGUUGAAUGCUGGGAGCAAGUCAUCCAGUGCUUCAGCUUUUUUCUUACCCUUAGAACGUGUUGUCUGGGCACUAAGAUACCUCCAGAAUGCUAGAGAUUUGUCUUUAGAUAAUUGGCCUUCUGUUACCAUCCCCCGUGGUACGCUUCAGGUGACAUUUGUCCACAAAGGUUUUGAUGAGACAUUCCGACUUGGUCUUCAAAGAGAUACUGAACUGAUGGUACGACAUGCAUCCCCAGCAGGAGAAACUGGAAUGCUCGUCGUUGAUUCAGUGGUGCCAGGUGGGCCAGCUCAUAAACAUUUGGAAACUGGUGAUGUGCUUGUCCGUAUCAAUGGUGAAGUUAUGACUCAGUUCCUCAAACUUGAGACUUUGUUAGAUGUCAGUGUAAGCCAGAAAAUCGAAUUGGAAAUAGAAAGAGGUGGCACUCCUAUGACAGUCAACCUGAUGGUUCAAGAUCUGCACUCAGUUACCCCUGACCACUUUCUUGAACUAAGUGGUGGUGUGAUUCAUCCUUUGUCCUAUCAGCAGGCUCGAAAUUUCCGGUUUACCUGUGGGCUUGUUUAUGUAGCAGAGCCUGGAUACAUGCUGUUUAGAGCCGGAGUGCCUCGCCAUGCCGUUAUAAAAAAGUUUGCUGGACAGGAGAUAUCAUGUCUUGAGGAGCUGAUCUCAGUCCUCUCUAAGUUAUCCAGGGGUAAACGUGUGCCACUGGAAUAUGUAACUUACUCGGACCGGCACCGUAGAAAGUCUGUCUUGGUUACUGUUGAUCGGCAUGAGUGGUAUGCCUUUCCGCGAAUAUAUACACGGAAUGACAGUACUGGUUUAUGGAUAGUGAAGCCUGCUUUACCGUCAGAAUCUCCAUUGCUAUCAUUUGGUAUCAAUCAUGUCAAUGGUGGCUCUAGCAAUGAAGCAGUGUCAUCCACCAACAGGGGGGCUUGUUUGAUGGACUGUACACAUCAAGAGAAUCAGCAAAAGCUGGUUGAUGGUGUUGCUAUGAUGGAGACUAAGAAUGAUCACACCGCUGAAGAUGCUAACUUUCCGGAUGAAUCUGAUGUAGGGAGCAAGAAGCGAAAGGUAGAAGAAUGUUCUUCUGCUGAUGGCAUUGCUACUACCGAUGGUUCGUUGUAUGAACCUAUAGGAGACACUGGAAUUUCUGAAAAUACUAUCCCUAAUAGGGAUUGCCAAGGUCCAACUGAUGUAGCCAAUGCUUCAGUUGCUGAACGUGUUAUAGAGCCAACUCUUGUUAUGUUUGAGGUUCAUGUGCCACCGUCCUGUAUGCUUGAUGGGGUACAUUCUCAACAUUUCUUUGGAACAGGCGUCAUUAUUCAUCAUUCACAGAACAUGGGAUUGGUUGUGGUUGACAAGAACACAGUUGCAAUAUCUGCAUCUGAUAUUAUGUUAUCCUUUGCCGCGUUCCCUAUUGAAAUUCCAGGGGAGGUAGUUUUUCUGCAUCCUGUACAUAAUUAUGCUCUCAUUGCAUAUGACCCUUCUGCUCUUGGUGCUGCUGGUGCGGCAGUAGUUCGUGCUGCUGAGCUACUUCCAGAGCCUGCUGUGCGUCGAGGCGAUGCUGUAUAUCUUGUUGGGUUGAGCAGAAGUCUUCAGGCUACUUCACGGAAAUCUAUUGUCACCAACCCAUGUGCUGCAUUAAAUAUUGGAUCAGCUGAUUGUCCUCGAUAUAGAGCCAUUAAUAUGGAAGUAAUUGAGCUUGACACAGACUUUGGCAGUACAUUCUCUGGUGUCUUGACUGAUGAUCAUGGUAGGGUACGAGCAAUAUGGGGGAGCUUUUCAACUCAGCUGAAAUAUGGCUGCAGUUCAUCAGAAGACCAUCAAUUUGUCAGAGGUAUACCAAUUUAUACCAUCAGUCAAGUCCUUGACAAAAUCUUGUCUGGUGCAAAUGGUCCACCGCUUCUUAUAAAUGGCAUUAAAAGGCCCAUGCCACUUGUCAGAAUACUGGAGGUGGAAUUCUAUCCUACCUUGCUAUCGAAGGCGAGAAGUUUUGGCCUUAGCGAUGAUUGGAUCCAAGCUCUUGUUAAGAAAGACCCUCUAAGGCGUCAAGUAUUGCGUGUCAAAGGUUGUUUGGCUGGAUCAAGAGCUGAAAACAUUUUGGAACAAGGUGACAUGAUUUUGGCAAUCAAUAAAGAGCCUGUGACUUGCUUUCGUGACAUAGAAAAUGCCUGUCAAGAUCUAGACAAGUAUGAUGAAAGUGAUGGGAUGCUUAAGAUGACUAUCUUUCGCCAGGGACGUGAAAUGGAAGCAGAAUUAGGAACUGAUGUUAGAGAUGGUAUUGGUACAGUUCGUGUUGUAAAUUGGUGUGGGUGCAUAGUCCAGGACCCUCAUCCAGCAGUAAGAGCUCUUGGAUUUCUUCCAGAAGAAGGCCAUGGUGUUUAUGUUGCGAGGUGGUGUCAUGGAAGUCCAGCACACAGAUAUGGUUUGUAUGCUCUGCAAUGGAUAGUUGAAGUGAAUGGAAAACCUACUCCUGAUCUGGAUACUUUUGUUAGUUUGACAAAGGAACUAGAGCAUGGAGAUUAUGCACGUGUGAGGACAGUCCACUUGAACGGGAAGCCCCGAGUAUUAACAUUGAAGCAGGAUUUGCAUUACUGGCCAACUUGGGAGGUAAGGUUUGAUCCGAAUACCUCACUGUGGCGUAGGAACACAAUUAAGGCGUUGGAUACCAUUGUUGCAUGAAUGGUUCCAUCUACUGGCAAGCUCCAUUGAUAAGUAAAUUCCCGAGAAUGAGAAAUGAACUCGAGAAAUUUGUGAAAUUAUUUGGCUCUGCCCUCAGAUGGUACAUGCCUCAUUGAACAUUGUUUUAGAGCUGCUUCAAGAUGAUUCGGUUGAACAGUUCUGAGAUUAAUCAUGCAGUUCAAUUGUUUCUCAUGGUCGAGGCCCCGAGGGGAGAAAGGUUGCUUUCAAAAUAUUAAUCUUGAUCUCUGUAUGUUGUGAUAGAGAUUGGAGGCAGCGUCCAUCCAUUUAAAAAGAAGGGAAAUAAUUUUGUAGAUGUUGUAAUUGUAAUCUCAUUCAAGGAUUACGUUAAUAUCGUGGUUUAUCUAGGGAUUUCUACUAUUUCUAUAGUUAAACUUUAUGUAUGGCGUUACGAAGUCUUCUUAUUUGGUCAACUUGGGGGGUAUUUUUCUCUUUUGCUUUGAAGUAAUAGUUCACUUUAUAUCCAUCA